AGAGGUCACAGUGUCCAACAUGGCGGCUCAGGCGAGGAAGGUGUAUGAAGUGUUCGUGUCCCAGAUCCCAUGGACACUGGCCACCAGAGAACUGAAGGAAUAUUUUUCACAGUUUGGGACAAUAAAGAAAUGUCUUUUGCCAUUUGACAAAGAGACUGGGUUCCACAAAGGAUAUAGUUGGGUCACUUUCGCGGCAGAAGAAGGGUUGCAGAACACACUUCAAAAGGACACACACCUCAUCGAAGGAGCAAAGCUCCAGGUUCAACUGAAAAGAAGUCUGUCCAGAAACCCUGACCGAGACUGACAACAGUGCUUUAUUAUAGAGGAUUUAAAAACUUUAAAUAAAACAAAAUAAAAACUGAA